AUGGAUGAAGAAAAUGCCUCGCCAAAGGCAAGAAAAGGAUUUAGCAGCAAGGAUAUGGCUGUAAUACAGAAGACAGAUGAAGAACAGAAAGAACUUUAUGACUUUAUCAGCAAACAUAGUCAUUUCUCGAAAGAAGAGAAAUAUGCUUUACGGAUUGAUAGCGUUUCGUCGUUUGAGAAACAAUGGAAUUUGACCGUCGAUUCAAGAGGCAAAUUCGAAGCUUGUCAUGAUCAUGGAGUUGGGCUUGCAGCUCGAAGAGCCCAGCAGUUUGUAGAGUCUGCUUACGAUGUCUUACAACAUGUGGACCCUAUCGUACAGCUCGUAAAAGACUUUGGCGCACCGUAUGGUGGCAUGGCCAUUGGAACAAUCUCUUUCCUCUUCACUACAGAACUGCUGGACUAG